AUGCCUCCCCGAAACGAAGCAAGCUACAUCCGUACCCGCGCCGAGCUCCAAUACCUCAUCGACGACCAAGUCAACACAAGCCAACGCCAGCUCGUCCGCCGCAUCGACAUCGUCCUCGCCAAGCUUCGCGAACCUGGACUCACGAAAGAGUAUCGAGCCCUGGGAGCAAGAACGCUCCGCUCCCUGUACGAGGACUUGGAGUAUGCGAAUGAGAGGAUUGUGGCGCUGCGGGCGGAGCUGGUUGAGAGAGAGAGGGCUGUGGCGGAGUUCGAGGAGAGGGAGAGGCGGGAGCGGCGGGAUCACGAGGAGAGGGUGAGGCGGCAGCGCGUGGCGGAGGAGAGGGAGGUGGAGUUGAGGAGGAGGAGGAGAGUGGAGGCGGAGCACGCGGCGGCUACGCGUAGAGCGGCUGGUAGAUAG